UCUUUCGGACGGCCGACAGCCAAACAGGCAAGCCUCCCCGCAUCUUUCAGCUCCGCCCCGCAAUACCGCGCGAAAUGCAGCUGUCGACUUCACGUUGUUUUACUAUUGCAGUAGCAUCUCUUCCUCUCGACAAAAAUCCUUGUCGGAGCUAUGUCUGCUGAAAACAAGCCGAAAUCGCGGAAGAAGUGGUGGAAGGAGCUCUUCGGGUGUCGUCGUGCAGCCUCGCCGGCUCCGUCUGCCCCGCCGUCGAAGGACGUCCGGUCAUCCGAUCAGGGAAAUGCAGAACACGGAUCGAAAGCGUCUUCUAUUAUCGCGACAGAGUCAUAUGCUCCCCCCUCCCCGUCCGCUGCCGUCGCAAAGGCCGCCCGACCCGGCACAGAUGCAAGAGUCCCCAACGAUCACCAGCCACCCGCAGCAUCGCGAACACUGCCUCCUGCCCUGCCCGCCGAACACGCACCCAAACCACCGCCGACCGAAUCUAUAGAGCCACCAACCCCUGUCCUUUCCGUGUCUGAGAGACUGUGGAACGCCGCGUACGACAGCCUUGAGACGGACAAUGUGGAGCUUGUCAUGUCAUACGUGAAGACGUUGGAAACAGUUCUCGGAGCCAAGCCAGGCGUUGCCCCUGGCACCAACAUCUCGGCCGAGCUCCAUGACCCGACCAAACGACAGAUGCACAUGAGGAGGCUGGUGGAAGAAGGCCGGGCGAAAAUCUCCAGAGCGUCCAAGAUCACGAACGGAGUAGGCGACGUCGCCGAUUUCGUCCUGUCGGUCAAGCGAAUAAUUGACCUGGCUGUGCAAAGCGUGCCGCAGGCUGCGCUUCCGUGGGCCGGUGUUUGCGUUGGGCUGCAAAUCCUCCGGAAUCCUGCACAAGCGACGAAAUCCAACCUUGCCGGUAUCGCCCACGUCAUCUCCAGAAUGGAAUGGUACUGCGCCCUCACCGAACAUCUCCUGAACAAGAACAACGUUGCCGCUGGCAAGGACAUCCAAGCAGUCUUGCGCCAGCUGGAAAAGAGCAUUGUCGAGCUCUACAGAGCUCUUCUCCAAUACCAGAUGAAGAGUGUUUGUUCCUACUAUCGCAAUCAAGGGUUUGUAUUCAUUCGCGGCAUGCUCAAACCUGAUGAUUGGGACAGCGAUCUGAAGCUGGUUACCGACGCAGAGGCUACCGUUCAGAACGAUGCUGCCCAGUCCUUCCAAGAACAAACGAAAACUUCCUUAGGAAAACUCGUUGAGCAUGCCGAGCGAAUAGAGAGGCGACUCGGCGACAUCCAUCGGGACAUUCGGGACUUCAUCUCGUUGCAGAAAGACGCCCGUAGGGAUAAUAUCGAGUCAGCGUGCCGCAGAGAUCUACGCGUAGUUGAUCCACAGCACGACAUGCAGCGGAUUGAGGAGAGUAAGGAUGUCUUGCUCGACGAUGCGUACCAGUGGAUCCUUCGCACCCCGGAGUACAUAGGGUUCACAAACUGGGGCGAUAGCGGAUCUGGUUAUCCGCCGCGGCAAUUGCUCUGGAUAAAAGGACACGCCGGCACGGGAAAGACGAUGCUCAUGAUCGGCCUCAUCCGCCAACUCUCCCAUCAACCCGUCGUCCUGGCGCCAGCACUCUCCUUUUUCUUCUGUCAAGGCACAGAUACCGCCCUGAACAACGCCACCGCCGUCCUCCGGUCUCUGAUCUGGCUUCUCCUUCUUCAGCAGCCAUGUCUCAUAUCCCAUCUACUUCAGAAGUACAAAGAGUCAGGCGCCAAUCUUUUCAGUGACAAAAAUGCCUUCUACGCUCUAUCUGAGGCGUUCCGGAACAUGUUAAAGGACCCAGAACUGAAGCCUGUGUAUCUCGCGGUGGACGCUCUUGAUGAGUGUGCGCAGGGGCGGUCGGAGCUUGUCCGCCUUAUCUCGACUUCUCUCACACUCUCGCAGAAGGUCAAAUGGCUGCUCUCUAGCCGUCCGGAAGUUGACCUUCUCGCUGAACUCAGAGAUCCGGGCACCAACUUUACGGACGCUUCCAACUCCCUUGUCGAGCUGGAUACUCAACGUCUAGCAAAACCUGUCAAUACAUACAUCGAUCACAAGCUCGUCGCCCUUAAGCGCAGAAAAGGAUACAACGAUAGCGUUUUGGCCGAGAUCUCUCGUGAAGUCCACCAACGAGCAGAGAACACUUUCCUAUGGGUGGCUCUCGUGUUUAAAGAACUCGAUCGUGUAGACGGCUGGGAUGCCGUCGAGGCUGUCCAGAAGAUCCCCGCCGGUUUAACAGAUCUAUACGGUUAUAUAAUGACCAAAAUCGAUAAGGGGAGCGAACGAGAUCAGCAGCGCUGCAAGGAUGUGCUAGCGGCCACAUUCCUCGCGUAUCGCCCUCUAUCCCUCCUUGAGCUUGCUGUGGUUGCAGUCACAGGGGACACUGUUCACCUGAUUCAUCAAUCGGCCAAGGACUACCUGGAGAAAAAUUACGAAUUCAGACUUCAGCCAGCUGGGCUCGCUCAAGGACAUGCCGAGAUCGGCAGGCGCUCAAUUGAUGCGAUGUCCUCAAUGCUGAGGCAGAACAUAUACAACCUCGAUCUAGGCUUCAAACCGGAGAAUAUGACGCCCCCUAAUCCAAAUCCGCUAGCUCCAAUACGAUAUGCUUGUGUCUUCUGGGCUGACCAUCUCUGCUCCCUGAACAGCGACAAAUCCAGGUUUUUUGAAGAACUAACGGAAGACGGGAAGGUGUUUGGAUUCCUGACGGAAUACUUCCUCCGCUGGCUUGAGAGUUUGUCUCUUAUAGGGAAACUUUCUAGUGGGCUGCUUUCGAUAAGAAAGAUUCAACGUGCCGCUCAGUCACAACCGGACAUCAACCCUCGCCUUCUUGAGCUGUUAGAAGACGCAGAGAAGUUUGUAUUCAGUCACAGACCGAUCAUAGAGCGGGCCCCCGUACAGAUAUACGGCUCCGCGCUCGUAUUCAGCCCAACUCUGAGCGAGAUUAGAAAGCGGUAUUGGAAGGAAAGGCUGCCUUUUAUCAAAAUGACUGCUGGUAUAAACGACCGCUGGGGCGCGCACCGGCAGACGCUCGAGGGGCAUCGCGGUUGGGUCAACGCAGUGGCGUUCUCGCCGGACGGCAACACGCUCGCGUCGGCUUCGGACGAUAAGACGAUCCGGCUCUGGGAUGCGGCGACCGGCGCGCACCGGCAGACGCUCGAGGGGCAUCGCCGUUCGGUUAAGGCCGUGGUGUUCUCGCCGGAUGGCAACACGCUCGCGUCGGCUUCGGACAAUGAGACGAUCCGGCUCUGGGAUGCGGCGACCGGCGCGCACCGGCAGACGCUCGAGGGGCAUCGCGAUUGGGUUAACGCAGUAGCGUUCUCGCCGGACGGCAAUACGCUCGUGUCGGCUUCGCACGAUCAGACGAUCCGGCUCUGGGAUGCGGCGACCGGCGCGCACCGGCAGACGCUCGAGGGUCAUCGUAGUUCGGUCAACGCAAUGGCGUUCUCGCCGGACGGCAAUACGCUUGCAUCGGCUUCGCGCGAUAAGACGAUCUGGCUCUGGGAUGUGGCGACCAGCGCGCACCGGCAGACGCUCGAGGGUCAUCGUAGUUCGGUCAACGCAAUAGUGUUCUCGCCGGACGGCAAUACGCUCGCGUCGGCUUCGGACGAUCAGACGAUCCGGCUCUGGGAUGCGGCAACUGGCGCGCACCGGCAGACGCUCGAGGGGCAUGGCGGUUGGGUUAACGCAGUGGCGUUCUCGCCGGACGGCAAUACUCUUGCGUCGGCUUCGCGCGAUAAGACGAUCCGGCUCUGGGAUGUGGCGACCGGCGUGCACCGGCAGACGCUCGAGGGGCAUCACUGUUCGGUUAAGGCCGUGGUAUUCUCGCCGGAUGGCAAUACGCUUGCGUCGGCUUCGGACAAUAAGACGAUCCGGCUCUGGGAUGCAGCGACCGGCGCGCACUGGCAGACGCUCGAGGGGCAUGGCGGCAGGGUCAGGGCAGUAGCGUUCUCGCCGGACGGCAAUACGCUCGCAUCAGCUUCGCGCGAUAAGACGAUCCGGCUCUGGGAUGCAGCAACCGGCGCGUACCGGCAGACGCUCGAGGGUCAUCGUAGUUCGGUUAACGCAGUGGCGUUCUCGCCGGACAGCAAUACGCUCGCGUCGGCUUCGGACGAUCAGACGAUCCGGCUCUGGGAUGCGGCGACCGGCGCGCAUCGGCAGACGCUCGAGGGGCAUCGCGGUUGGGUUAACGCAAUGGCGUUCUCGCCGGACGGCAAUACGCUCGUGUCGGCUUCGUACGAUAAGACGAUCCGGCUCUGGGAUGCGGCGACCGGCGCGUACCAGCAGACGCUCGAGGGUCAUCGCAGUUCGGUCAACGUAGUAGCGUUCUCGCCGGACGGCAAUACGCUCUCGUCGGCUUCGCGCGAUAAGACGAUCCGGCUCUGGGAUGCGGCGACCGGCGCGCACCGGCAGACACUCGAGGGUCAUCGCGAUUGGGUCAACGCAGUGGCGUUCUCGCCGGACGGCAAUACGCUCGCGUCGGCUUCGGACGAUCAGACGAUCCGGCUCUGGGAUGCGGCGACCGGCGCGCACCGGCAGACGCUCGAGGGGCAUGGCGGCGGGGUCAGGGCAGUGGCGUACUCUAGGAAUGGUCAAUGUCUCGAGACAGACCGAGGGCUGCUGAGCGUAGACUCCGACGCCCCGAGCAGCUCUGGAGACCAGAAACCCGCCAGCGGUGUUCUCUUCGUCGGCGACGAUUGGGUCACAAGAAAUGGGAAGAGCGUUCUUUGGCUUCCCGCUGACUAUCGGGCAACAUGUGUGGCGGUUUAUGGUCAUACACUCAUCCUAGGACACGCCUCUGGCCAAGUGACGUUCUUUCGGUUUGCUUUUGCGGAGUGAUGGAGUUCUAUAAUCGUUGUAAUGCCAUGUAACGUAUUUGAUAAGCGAGCGGUCCAGACAAGCGAACGGUCCACUUUCCACUACCCUAUGAACACUAU